AUGGACCGACUCCCACUAGAGAUCCUCCGUCAAAUCGCUUCAUACCUACCAUACAAUUCUCUAUCCUCUCUCUCUUACGUAUCUCGCAAAAUCAGACUCGCAAUUCACGACUGGCAAAUCUACAAGGCCAUUGUCGAUGUACCAAAUCACGGAUCGCUAAGACAACUCCUGGGACGAUACGAAUUAGACGAUCUCCGUGUCAAAUGGACCAGAAAUCCAAUUACUGCCGGCAUGUCACCAGAAGAGUGUGAAUUAUACGCAAAAGCGGAUUAUAACUGUUGGACAAUACUUGCGGAAGAGUACAAACUUAUGUCUCCGUCUUUUACCCGAGAUUUCCUACAAUACGGAGGGAUCAUGGCCGCUAGGGCUCAUCCUUUCACCCAGUUGAAUCUCCACAGACCAGUUCACUUGCACAACCUGGGAAAACUGGGCAGAUUCCAUGAUCUCCCAGUAGCACAUAGAUAUAUUUUCUCUUUUUGGAUAACGACUUACCUUCUCUCAUCCCCGGUCCCAGCACAGGCCAUUAGCAGACAAGAAGACGAGGAAGACUCCAUCUUUGUUUAG